AUGGCUACAGCCAGCCAGUGGUUGUUCAAUUUUGUCGUGGCCAAAGCCACGCCCAGCAUGUUCGCCACACUCGGCGUGAAUGGCUUCGGUACCUAUUUUGUUUACGGAUCGUUCUGUUUUGUCAUGGUAGUCUUCACCUGGUUCCUCGUGCCAGAAACCAAAGGACUGUCAUUGGAAGAUAUGAACGAUUUAUUUUCGCAGCACAAUGUCCGGGCUCGAUUUAUACCCUCUCGAUUAACUGCGAUUGAAGGCAUGGAAGACCUAAAGCUUGAUGAAGAAGACAGGGAGACUACAAAGCCAACUGUGGACUAA